AUGUUUGAGGGUGAAGGUCUGGUGGGCACCAAGCUGUCCCCUGUGUUAAAGCCUGAGCCAGGGGUCAUCUCUGACUUCGACAUGACUCUGAGCCGCUUUGGGUGCAAUGGCAGACGCUGCCCCACUUCGCACAAUAUCCUCGAUAACAGCCGUGUUAUCAGUGAGGAUGGCAAGAGGAAGCUGCAAGACCUGCUGCACUAUUACUAUCCCAUUGAGAUUGAUCCCAACCGGACCCUGGAAGAGAAGUGUCCCCUUAUGGUGGAGUGGUGGAGCAGGGCCCACGAGCUGCUCUCGCAGCAGAAGAUCCAGAAGGGUGACAUAGCCCAGAUCGUCAGGGAGUCGGAUGUGAUGCUGAGGGAUGGAUUCAAGGAGUUGUUUGAUCAGCUGCAUAAGAACAACGUCCCACUGUUCAUCUUCUCUGCUGGUGUUGGUGACAUCCUUGAGGAGAUUAUCCGUCAGGCCAACGUCUUCUACUCAAAUGUCAACGUGGUGUCCAACUACAUGGACUUUGAUGAUAACGGAAUCCUCACACAUUUCAAGGGACCUCUCAUCCACACCUACAACAAGAACAACAGUGUCCUGCAAGGUACCAAGUAUUUCCAGCAGCUGAGCACCAGGACAAGCAUCAUCUUGCUGGGGGACUCCAUGGGUGACCUGACGAUGGCAGAUGGCGUUCCCAGCGUGGAGAACAUCCUCAAGAUAGGCUUCCUCAAUGACAAGGUGGAAGAGAGGAGGGAGAAGUACCUGGAUGCCUAUGACAUUGUCCUGGAGAGCGACGAGACGCUGGAUGUGGUCAACGGGAUCCUCCGGUACCUCCUUACGGAGACAUGAGCUGGGCAGGCAGCACCCCAACCCCAGCCCCCCAGCAGGGCACCAGGGCACUGAGUGUCCUUUCCUUGACAAAGAUGGAGUGGUGGAUCUGCUGGUACCUCCUGGACUCCAUCCUGAC